GAAAAUUGUUUGUGGCUCAGAUUUCUCGGCUCUCACUCGGCUUUUAAUUUUAAUUUUAAAAUUAAAAUUAAAAUCUUUAUUUUUAUUCAUCUGCUCUCUUCUUCACACUUCUUCUUCUUUGUUCUUCGUUCUGUUACAGAUUUCAAUCGAUCGAUCGAUCUAGAAGAUUCUGUUAGGACUUCCAUCAACGGCUACUGUUGGCACAGUUGCAUGAUGAAGAUGUAUGAUGAAUUAUCGUGUUCGUAGUCACUGGAUUCGUAGAUCGGAUGACGAGUUUUGGCAUCAUCCGGCUCAUUUUGGUGAGGAUUACUUCUAUAGUUAUGCUAUUGUUUGAUGUUUAUCAUAUUAGAUUAGUGUUAGUGUGUAUGAAGUAUGAUGAGCUAUAAUCAUUUAUAUAUUGGAAUAUGUUAACCUAGUUGUGGUUAUGAAUGCUAAUUAGUUAUUACUGCAUAUUUGUUUCAUCUAUGAAGGAUAACAUAAGCUAUAAUCACUAAUAUAUUGAAAUAUGUUGUCAUAGUUGCGGUUAGGAAUAAUAAUUAGUUCAUCGUCAUCAUCAUACUCAGUAAAUCCCACCUAUAACAAAGCUAAGAUAGGGUCUGAGGAGGGUAAGAUGUAGACAAUCUUACCUCUACCCCAUAGGAAUAGAAAGGCUGCUUCCAGUGAGACCCCCGGCUCGUAGGAAUAAUAAUUAGUUACUACUACAUAUUUGUUUCUUUAUUUUCGUGGAUUUGUGUGGUGGUUGUCACAAGUUACAUUACAUUUCUCGGUCGUGUUUUGCACUAGUGUUAGAUUAUCAGGUUUAUUGUAUUAGAAGCGUGUGUUUGUGUGUGUCUGGAGUUUCUAUGAGGUAAAAUUGAGAUAUUGGAAUAUGUUAACCUAGUUGCGGUAAUUAGUUACUACUACAUAUUUGUUUCUCUAUUUUGUGGAUUUCUGUGGUGGUUGUUACAAGUUACAUUACAUUUCUCGAUCGUGUUUUGCACUAGUGUUAAAUUAUCAGGUUUAUUGUAUUAGAAGCGUGUGUGUGGAGUUUCUAUGAGGUAUAAAUUGAGCUAUAAUCUUUGGUAUAAUGGAAUAUGUUAACCUAGUUGCUUUAGGAAUGGUAAUUAGCUAUUACUACAUCUGUGUUUCUCUAUGUCCAUGGAUUUGUGCUGUUGUUGUUACUUUACGUUUCUGGAUGGUGUUUUGCACUAGUGAUAGAUUGUCAGGUUUUGUUGAAUACUACAACGGCUAAGCUAUUUGGAUUUGGAUUCUACGAGGGGGCUUUUGUAUCCCCUACGUGUUCCACAGGAUUUGAAGCAGCUGCCAUAGAUGGACCCCUACUCCUCUGCACCAGGGGAAAAUCCUAACAUCAAGACUAGAAAACCCUAUACGAUAACGAAACAACGCGAAAGAUGGACAGAGGAGGAGCAUAAUAGUUUUUUAGAAGCCCUGAAGUUAUACGGGCGAGCUUGGCAACGGAUAGAAGAACACAUAGGAACCAAGACAGCAGUCCAAAUCAGAAGUCAUGCACAAAAGUUCUUUACAAAGUUGGAAAAGGAGGCUGAAGCUAAAGGAGUUCCAAUAAGGCAAUCUCUUGACAUCGAAAUUCCUCCUCCACGCCCUAAACGGAAACCGAGUUAUCCGUAUCCUCGAAAGACUCGUACUCAGGUGGCAGAAAAGGAUGCGAAACCAGCAAGUUUAGUUUCUUCUUUGCAAUCACUGGAUCUCGAGAGAAAACCUCUUCCCGAGAAAACCAGUCACCAAGAGAAGCUAGAAAACGAAAAAACAAACGAGGAAGCUCAAAAUGGUACCACAUGUGCAUCCUUGUCCUCAGAAAAUGAAAAUUCCGUACCAAGGUCAAAUCAUGAAACAAAUACAUCUUACAUCACGAUUGAAACUAGAAAGCAUCAAGAACUAGAUCAAGAUGGCAUUAAGCACACAAAUAUUACAUCUAAUAUUUCAUUAUACGAGAGCUCACACCUUGCGCAUGAAAAUAUCAUUCAAGGUCGAUAUCCUGAUAUGCCACCUGUGAAUCUGAUAAACGAUACACCCGGUGUGCAGAGUUGUUACCCAAGGCAUGUCCCUGUACAAGUCGUAGAUGGAAAUCAUGAAUCAACGGUUGAUAACUCUGGAGAAGUUCAUGAUCACCCGAACCCGUACCUAUCUGUUAACAUAGCAGCAUCUGCAACUAGUGGCCAUCAUAAUGAUGCUACACUUCAUCCUCCUUUCACCCCUUUUAGUGAUAAUCAAGAGAAUUAUAGAUCGUUUAUCCAUUUUUCAUCGACGAUCUCUAGCCUCAUUGUUUCAACUCUGCUACAAAAUCCCGCCGCCCAUGCUGCAGCAACCUUUGCAGCUAAAUUCUAUCAUCCCACAAAUACGGAAGCUUCCUCCGCAGAUUCUUUUUCACGAGAUCAGUUGAAUCCUGAUACUGGUACUACUCCUAGUAUGGCUGCUAUUGCUGCUGCUACUAUAGAAGCUGCAACUGCAUGGUGGUCCGCUCACGGUCUGCUCCCUGUUUGCGCUCCCUUUUUCCCAGGAGGUUAUUUUUGUACAUUUGCGACACCGAUAGAUGGAAAUCAAGCCAAUAACGAACGAGAGAAGGCUCCUUUAGAAGAGAAGAUGAAUGCAGAAAAGACGGAAUCUUCAUCAGAGGAUGACGACUCUGAUGGGAAAUUAAAUACUGAAGCAAGUCCGGUUGAAACCAAGGAAACGGAAGAAACGGAAACAGUCGUGACUAUUCUCGGAAAACCAGUGGACCGGUCUUCUUGUGGUUCUAACACCAUUUCCAGCAGUGAAAUGCAAGAAACUAAAGUGUCGGAUGUUAAUGAGCCUAUUUACCGUAGGGGUAGAAGCACUAUUAACCCAAACGAUUCAUGGAAGGAAGUGUCAGAAGAGGGACGACUUGCUUUUCAAGCCCUCUUUUCUAGAGAAGUAUUGCCACAAAGCUUUUCUAAUGCUCGUACAGUAGCAGAGAAUGAUCAACCGAACUGUGAGUUGGACCUAAACAGAACGAGCCAAGAACCUACGGAGAGUAACGGUAAUGAAGGGGUCUUGAGAAUGGGAGUGGGGAGUGUGAAGCUGAACGUUCAUCAUACGGGAUUCAAACCGUACAAAAGGUGUUCGGUUGAGGCUAAAGAAAGCAGCAAGAUUAUGUGUGCAGGCGGUCAAAAUGAUGAGAAAGGUCCAAAGAGAAUGUGUUUAGAAACAGAGGAAUCAACUUAAUUAUGAAUACAGGACGGGUGUGACUGUUGUAUAUCAUGUUAUCCUUACCCUAAAACUCGCUAAUCUUAUUGUGUAGCUUGUGGGGUUCUAUAUCUUUUUACAUUUUCUGCUGAAUAUCCACCAUUGAUUAUGCUGAAUGUAUUGGACUUAAUUCUCUUCCUCCUCCUAACCACUGGAGAAUCAAAAUUCAACUUCUCGAAAA